AAGCGUCUGUGUUUGUAGCAUCGACCAGGAAGAAAAUAUCCAGCUGUUAUGAAAGCGGAAGGAGCUACGACUAAACCUGACAGUAGAACCGAAAUGAAACGGCGCUGAGAGUCGGGAAUAAGCCGGUGUUUUAUCAUGCUGUAUCCGGAGGAGUGACUGCACCCACCAAGAAGCAGGGAGCUUUAUCCCCCUCCACUUUAAUCCACUCCGAGUGUUGAAACAAGGUGUGAAUGAGUGACGUGGUGCCUCCCACAGCUCUCAGUGAAGUCCAACUCCGCUUCCUCUGCCACGAUGACAUAGAGAAAGUCAAAUUGCUCUGUGGUGAUUGGUUCCCAAUCGAGUACCCAGACUCAUGGUACCAGGACAUCACCUCCAACAAGAAGUUCUUCUCCCUCGCUGCUACCUUCAGAGGAGGCAUCGUGGGAAUGAUUGUGGCUGAGAUCAAAGGCCGGACCAAAGUGCACAAAGAGGAUGGAGACAUCCUGGCCUCCAGUUUCCCUGUGGACACACAGGUAGCCUACAUCCUCAGCCUGGGAGUGGUCAAGGAGUUCAGGAAACAUGGCAUAGGCUCCCUACUGCUGGACAGUUUGAAGGAGCACAUCUCAACGACAGCCCAGGAUCAUUGUAAAGCAAUCUAUCUGCACGUCCUCACCACCAACACCUCUGCCAUCAAUUUCUAUGAGAACAGGGACUUCCGGCAGCACCACUACCUGCCCUACUACUACUCCAUACGAGGAGUCCUCAAAGACGGAUUCACAUAUGUGCUCUACAUCAAUGGAGGGCAUCCACCCUGGACUAUAUUUGACUAUAUCCAGCACAUUGGCUCGACCCUGGCCAGCUUGAGCCCCUGCUCCAUCCCACAGAGGUUGUACCGACAGGCGCAGUCGCUGCUCCGCUCUCUGCUGCCGUGGUCCAACAUCGCCUCCAAGACUGGUAUACAGUACAGCAGAACAAUGUGACACAACAUGGAGCGCACUUUCCAUUUUCCAUCAGUCUUCCCCUGUGCACACCACGAUGUAUGCACAUCUACUCAACUCACACUCUUGAUCACGUAUGGCUUUCCACAGCCUGUGUAGAACACAGGACAUGGGUUCAACCUGUGCUUGACCGCUCACUCACUCGAAUAUUACUCCAGAGUUCAACACGCGCGUGUGGCAGGUCCGGGGUUCACAGCUGUAGUUGUGCACCGUCCACUAAACAGGGUUUUGUUGCAUUGCAACAAUAUUCAAAGUGCAAUGUUGUGUAUUUAUGCAGACACACUGUGCACACUGGUAAAACCACAGGAUUUCUUUUAGUUCACUUAUUAUACUGUUUUCAUAUAUACUCUACACUAUAGUUAUACUAGUGAUCUGUGUUUGCCCCGACAGACAGAGGUCACUGUUUUGACACAGUGUAACACACACACACACACACACACACACACACACUGGAAACCCUACAGAGACUAAAAGGUUUAAACUUUCUCAGCCUUUUCUCUUCAUCCUGUUCACUACUGUCACAGAGACUAUGUAUACUGUUUGUAUAUUAUAUAUACUAAGCUAAUAUAUAAAUUUCCCUCUAUGUUUGUAUAUUCUAUGCUGUCAGUAAACCGAGUUUGAAGGUAGCCCAUUCACCCCGCCCCUUACCCCUUUUUUGUUAGUGUAAACUGACUCCAGAGUCAAUACCAGAUUGUAAAAAUAGCUGUUUUCACACAUGAAUUCUGGAGAUUUGGGUCCAGAUGGUUCUACAUGCGAUGAAUGCAGUGGGAGGUUGUCGCGGUCCAGGUGAACGAGUGAUACCUGGACUCUCCCAGUUGGCUUUCUGUGAAUUACUGGUGUGAGAAGUUCUGGAAAAUGUCCCGAGCAACAUUUGUGGACAUUUCAUUCUCAUGCACCUGCAGACGAUGUCCAGAACAAACUUCAGUCCCCGAAAAACAACACAAAAUGAUCAAAUUUCCUGUGUGCAGUACUGGAGCAGGUUUCUGUGAGGGAGUUUUGUAAAAACUCUUAGUUUGUUAAUCCUGAAAUGAGAGAAAUCGUGUGUCGUCGGGAAUCUAACCUGAGGCAGAGGAGUAACACGACAACUUUAGCUUUACUGAGUUUCUUCUGUAAACAUUACAUUUCACUUGCUCUCCUCCCUCUUUCACGACACUGUUUCAUAUCCUUAUUCAUUCAUUCAUUCAAUCAUAUCGGGCACAUUUUAGCAUUUUAACAUCUCGUCUCCAAGCAAAUCAAAAAAAAGUUACGGUUGUUUUAUCAUUAUUCCGGACAUUGACGUACUUUUGUAUUACUUCACAGCCAGUAAUGUGUAUGUCAGGAGACGACUUUGAUUUUAAAAUACUAUACAUUCGUUCUCAUUCACACCCAUCUUUGGAUUUUUAUUGCGUAAAUCACCCAUCACCAUUGCCACCGCAAAUAAAGACAAAAUGAUUCACAUUUUUAUUUGCUCUUAUUUAUUCCUUACAAAUAAAAAAGACAUGUUAGUCCUGUUAGAAGAAGUAGAAGACAGAUGGUCUGUGGUGAAAGACACAGAAACGUUUAUGAUGAUGUUGAUGAUAAAGCCAUUGCACUGCAUUGAAAUAUGAUUAAAAUGAAGUUCAGUGGUUUAUUUCAUCUUCACCUGCUUCAAUGUCUGUUAGUGUUUUUUUCUACUAACUAAAUUCAAUACAUUUUAGGUUCAGUACCAUUCCAUCACUUUUUUACAGAUGAAAAUACAAUACAUUAAAUCGUGCACCGAUUUCCCCCGACUCCUCUUUUCUCUUCUUUGCAGGUGCAAAUGUGUUCCUUUUUGUUUUUAAACAUACGUUUGUUUUUCAUGCUGUUGUAUUGGAAGUGUUCGGGGCUGCCUGUUUUAUAGUGGUGGUGCAUGUGCUUCAUGAAAUUGCACUGAGUGAGUUGCUUGAACUAAGUCAAAUCUGCUGAGAACUGAGUUUUGUCGUUUCAGGGUGAAUAAACUCAAGAGUUGAGGAUUAGAACUCAGAGUUUGUUCGACUUCCUUUCUGAAACACGGUCUUGGAAACUGUUGUUAUGGCAUCAGAACAGAAACCUGAACAUGUUGUUUUUUUUGCAGUACUGCACAAAAAUGGGGUUCCUUUUGAUUUAAAAUAAUAUCUGGAUAAUGUUUCCAAAGGUUGGUUUAUGUAUAAUUCAUACAGAAAUGAUAGAUGUUUGAGAUUGUACAGUGACUGACUGUAGCUCCAUUGUUCUGCUCUUUGGCUACAAGACUGCUGCUAAUGCAGAGCAAUCUUCUUUUGCCUGUUCACGUCAUUAAAAUAUGGCACAGAUUAGAUUUUUAUGUCGGCCUGUAGAAGGGAUGAGAUGGGUCUGGGUCUGAACAUGGCACAUUCUACGUGCCAAAUGUCAGAUCUGUGUGUGUGUGUUUGUGUCAAAGAAUAAUGAAGUCAUUUUCCUAAGUGAUCAAAACAGUUUGGCUUGACUGUGUGAUAAAUGUGCAUUCAUUUAUUUUUAUUUAUUUUUUUGGUUAAAGGCAAAUGUUCCCGGGUUUGUAGACGCUAUGAAUAAAAUGAGUUGCUGUGACUGCUCCCAUCGGUAUGAUUGUCUUACCUUCAUCUGUUACUUUAACUGUGAUUAUUGUAUGACAUCGUUCUGAACCUGAGCCUUGUUUUUAUUCAUGGUGUCGGUUGUUUGUCUUCAGUGAUUUAAUGCUGUGAAACAGGCAGAGACAUAAAUUACGUUCCAACCAAACUGUAUCCUUACAUUGCCCGUCGUUCAUCUUGGGAACAUUUAUGUUAGACCCUUCAUGCCAAAUAAAUAAAUACCAAUGUCUUUCAAA